ACAUUCCUUUCCAGCGCCAGUCAAAACAAAGUUGCGAAGACUCUUCGUCGCCGCAUAUUUGCAGUCUGUCACCGUGAGCGGAUUUUAAACGCGUAAUAAAGUCGUUCAAGGCUUCAAUCGUGUCGGCUAGUGCAUUUCCGUGCUCUCCGGGAACGUGUGUGUCGAGCCAUUCGUGAAUAAUUGGAAUUCGGGCGCUAGCGUGCGACCGCCGCUUCUGACAACUCCAACCGCGGGGUCUGGUCGGGGUGCCCUGCUUGAUAUGUGCGAGGGGUGCCCUGCUUGAUAUGUGCGAGGGGCGCCCGUUCGGGUCUUUUGGAAUCCUUUGCGAAAUCGAGCCCUCAACAGAAUAAUCUGUUGGAUCACAACGAAAGGACGAGGGCUGCGCUCGUCGGUCGGAAAUGAGCAGUCAAAGUCACAAAAUGUCCGGAGUUGGUUCAAAAAGUAGAACGGGAGAAAUUGAACUGACAGAACGUUUUUCGGACCAAAUGGCAAAACUGUGCAUAAACGACGACUACUCGGACGUGACGUUCAUCGUGGAGAACCAGAGGCUGCCCGCGCACCGGGUCGUGCUGGCUGCUCGCAGCGAGUACUUCCGGGCUCUGCUCUACGGCGGCCUGUCCGAGACCAACCAAUCCGAGAUCCAGCUGAAGAUCCCGCUGGAGGCCUUCAAGGCGCUGCUCCGCUACAUUUACUCAGGUCACAUGUCGCUGUCGCAGAUGAAGGAGGAGAACAUUUUGGACACUUUGGGCCUGGCCAACCAGUACGGCUUCACCGAGCUGGAACUCGCAAUCUCGGACUAUCUGCGCCAGGUUCUGUCCUUGAACAACGUUUGCGCCAUUCUGGAUGCCGCCAGACUCUACAAUCUCGAAACUCUCACAAAUGUCUGUUACACAUUUAUGGAUCGUAAUGCAUCUGAAAUACUUGCACAUUCUACAUUCAAACAUCUAUCAAAGGAAUCACUUGAAGAGGUACUUCGUCGUGACUCUUUUUUUGCGCCCGAAGUUCAAAUAUUCGUCGCUGUGAGUGAAUGGUGUAAGCACAAUUCCAAUGUUGACAUCGAAUCCGUUGUGUCGUAUGUUCGCCUGCCGCUGAUGAACUUCGAUCAUCUUUUCGAGGUUGUACGCCGCUCCGGAAUUCUGGAUCCCAAUAGACUUUUGGAUGCCAUCGAAGAGAAAACAACAUCAAAAUGUCUACCGUAUCGUGGUGCAUUAUGGCCUGAAGAAAAUGUUGCUGCAGUGAAAUUUAACUCGAGAACGAUACAAGGGGAAUGGGGGUCGGCACUACUGGAUGGGGAUAUAGAGUCAUAUGACAUGGAAAAAGGAUAUACUCGCCACUCGAUCGACAGUUUAGAUACUGGUAUCAUUGUCGAAUUGGGUACAAUCAGCAUCAUAAAUCACAUCAAAAUUUUAUUGUGGGAUAAGGACACUCGGUCGUAUUCAUACUACGUAGAAGUCUCUGUCAACCAAGAGCAGUGGGAUCGCGUUGUGGAUUAUUCAACAUAUCAUUGUCGAUCGUGGCAAUUUCUGUAUUUUCCAUCCCGUGCCGUUCGUUACAUUAAACUGGUUGGUACGCAUAAUAGUGUGAAUAAGGUGUUCCAUGCAGUGGCGCUAGAGGCAAUGUAUACAGCCAAUGUACCAAAACUUGUUGAUGGAUUCGUCGCUCCUACGAACAACGUGGCAACAGUUGCCCUAAGCGCAACUGUAAUUGAGGGAGUCAGUCGAACACGAAAUGCGCUUUUGAAUGGAGACUAUACCAACUAUGAUUGGGAUUACGGAUAUACUUGCCAUCAGUUGGGGAGCGGAGUAAUAUUGGUUCGCCUCGGUCAACCUUAUUAUAUUGGUUCGCUCCGCCUUCUUCUGUGGGAUUGUGAUGCGCGAACAUAUUGCUUCUAUAUAGAAACAUCAAACAAUCAAAAAGAUUGGGAAAUGGUUGUGGACAAACGGAGCGAGCCGGUUCGCUCUUGGCAGAAUUUUUCCUUUACACCCCGUCCGAUUACAUUCAUAAAGAUCGUUGGUACAAAUAAUACUGCGAACGAAAUAUUCCAUUGUGUACACUUUGAAUGUCCGUCACAAGAUCAAAACUUCCUACACUCGGAGAAGGCCAGAGGCAAGGAAAAGGAGAAGGUGAAACAACUGAAUACGGAGCGAUCGGCCGACCAACAAUCGUUACAAACUAAAACGCAAUGUGAUGAGGACAGCAUAAACUAGACGUUCAUCUCGGAGAAACAUUACAUAGAAAAGUAUUACUUACAAUGUAUGCGCAAUCAAAACAAUCCAUUCAGAACACUCAAUAAUUCUAAUGAAACUCUAGUGAUGAAGAUUAUGGUUAUAAGGAUCUGUUCAAACUCCUUGAAGGAAUGUAUGUAGUAAUCAAAAUUCGAUAUUUAUUAGAUUGGCUUCAGGAAAUUAGACGUUGAACUGUGUUGCUUGAUUGCCAAAUGAAAUUCACGUGGGCUUCUUUCGCUUCGGGGAGAGCUAAUUGAGUUUUUAUUUUGCAGUGAAUAAAUCACACGAAACGGAAACGAAUAUUCCAAUUAAGAGAGAUUUGAAAAUGAUAUAUUUUAGUAUUAUCAAAAUACUUGUUGUAAUUAUUUAAAGAGUUGAAAGAUA